AUGUCUGGUCUGCUUUCACGCAAAGCAAUCGUCGUUCCUUUAUUGUUCGCCACAUGUGCGCUCGCCCACGAUGAGGGUUUCGCUGCGCGGUACGGAAAACGGGCGUCUCACCUCAGGCGUCAAGAACCCUACCCAUCGGGAACUGACCCCGCGUACUCGGUCCCUCCUCUCGAAUCCAUCGUCCCAACUCCUGGUGGCUACACCGAAAACACUCUGCCCGUAGAGGCUACGUAUACGGCGGGUUCCCAACCCACCAUGGCAAACUUUCCUCCUCUCCCUGCUGCAACCAUCCUCCCCAGUGAAUGGCCCGAAUUGGACCACAUCCCUCCUGUCGAUAGCCCACAAGUCAAGGAAUGGAUGGAUGAAAUCGACUGGAGCACCGUCCCAGAUUAUCCACCGACUGCCUCUCGAAUCUGCUCGGACCCGGCCAACGCUGAGGCCUUUGCUCAGCGAGGCGCCGAUGGUCGGUGCUGGUGGUCCUGCGGACAGUGCACUCGUGAUGUUGAUAUUACGACUUGUGCCGAUAGCAUGCAAUAUGGUCACACUUAUGACGACGGACCUGGGUUCUACACCAACAAGCUUCUCCGAUACCUCGAAUCCAAGUCGCUCCAUGCCACCUUUUUCAUCGUCGGUUCGCGAGCCAUCUCGCACCCCGACAUUCUCCAGUACGAGUACAUGAACGGCCACGAGCUCAGUAUCCACACCUGGAGCCACGGCGGUCCCGACCUCCUCGGUUUGACCUCGAUGACCAACGAGCAAAUCGUUGCCGAGCUCGGAUGGACCCGAAAGGCCAUCAAGGAUAUCACUGGUGUCACGCCCACCACUAUGAGGCCUCCUUAUGGUGAUAUCGAUGACCGUGUUCGUGCUAUUGCCUUGGGCAUGGGUAUGAUGCCCGUCAUCUGGACUAGCGUUCCCGAUGCUGCUACCGGAGAAGCUAUUGAAUGGGACUCGAAGGAUUACCUCGUCCACGUUCCGGUCGACCAAGGUGGUGUCGAGUCGGUCUCCAACCAGCGCCGCUUUGAGCAAACCCUGGACUGGAGUGCCAACUUUACCGACCACGGUGUCAUUGUGCUCCAACACGAUAUUUACGUCGAGGCCGUCAACUUGGCCAUCGGUCAAACCAUCCCUUAUCUCCUCGGACACAACCCACCGUUUGACGUCAAGCCAGUCAUGCAGUGCCAAGGACGUCCCCUUUCUGAUGCCUACGUCGAGACCAACACCAAUCCCGAUAGCCCGGCUAUCGGCGGAAGCGGUGAUAUCGCGACGAGGACGAGCAACCUCGGAUACGCCGGACGAGAUAGCGAUGACAUCGCGAGCAUUCCCAGUCGAACCUACGUCAGCUCAACUGGCCGUCAGACCAGCACGAGUACGACGACCCGGUCCAGUGGUUCAAUGCCCUCUGUGACCGUCGGCAUGACGGAUUUCAAACUUGGGGACGCUUUCCAAAUAGAACGCUCUGCUGGAUCCGUCUCCUUGAGAAUGUCUGAUAAAUAUUACAGGGAGGCACUUUUUGCGCACAGACCCCCAACCAGAGCUCAUCACUCGAACCAGCUAACUGACGUAUCAGUUUCACCCUCCAGACUCGCGUUAUUUUCGUCGCUCAGCUCGUAUUUUCAUUCGAUAACCUACUCUACUUUCCUAUUCCUUCGCAAUAAUCCUUGGGUUUCUGUUGUACCACUAGCACCUGUCCCCGCAGCGCCGCGCCCCGGAGCACCAAACAAGUCUCAGAACUCGAACAAGACCCCCAAAGCAUCUCCUGGUUCCGUCACUCCUCCCUCGUCCAACGGUGCACCCUACUCCGACACCUCCCGUUCGUCCAAGAAGCUCACCAAAGCUGUCCGCGGCGGAGGCGGCGGCAACAAUGGGAAGGGCAGUAGCAAGCACAAGACGAGAAAGAUUGGAGAUGGACCCGAGGCGGAGUUGAGUGAGGGGGAUGACGACGAUGAUGCGGGCUAUGAGAGUCCGAACGUGCGCGUGACGCCAGAUGAAGAGGCCGGCACCGUGAACUCUGAACGUGUUAUCGAAGGUGCCACGGGGAAGAGUGUCCCCAAGAAAGAGAUUGAUAUGGGCACCCUUUUGGCAGGAGCCAAGCAUCGUCCUGAAUCUCACAACAUUUCACGUGGAUAUGAGAUGAUUACAUCGCCCACUGCACGUCCCGUCAUCCCGUUUGAUCGUGCCGACAGAACUCGCGUCGUGCGUCACGACUCCAUCUCGUCCAGCACCGGCUUUACCGACGAUUCCGAAUGGGAGAAUGUCUACUUUGAGAUGGACGGCGUCGAUGGAUUCCCCACUUCCACCGCGGUCAAGGUCACUGGUCCCAAACAUGCUUAUGCUGACAUUGUCAAACGUCCCUUUGUCGGCCCCGUCGCGUAA